AUGUUUGUCAAGGCUACCACCUUCGCCGCCCUCAUGGCCACCGCUCUCGCUCAGACCUUCAGCGUCAGCACCCCCGCCUCGCUCAUCACUUGCCAGCCCUCGCUCAUCUCGUGGACCGGUGGUACCGCCCCCUUCAUCCUCUCGGUCAUCCCCGGCGGUGAUGUCUCGGCCGCUGCUCUCGAGUACCUCGAGUCGUCGACCACCUCGUCGUCGUACACCUGGACCGUCAACCUCGUCGGCGGCACCUACAUCACCUUCAAGGUCACCGACGCGACCGGUGCCAACGUUUACUCGGCCCCCCUCACCAUCCAGGCCGGCUCGUCGACCUCGUGCAUGACCACCACCGGUGGCUCGUCCUCGACUGAGGCUGGUUCGUCGGGCACCGCCGCCGCUACCGACGCCUCGACCACCGAGUCUGCCUCCACCGCCUCCACCGAGGUCGCUUCCUCCACUGAGGUCGCCAACACCACCACUGUUGCCACCACCUCGGCCACCACCUCGGCCGCUGCCACCACCACGACCAGCCAGGCUGUUACCACCGCCACCUCGUCCACCGUCAAGGCCUCGAGCGCCACCGUUGUCUCGUCCAAGGCCAGCACCUCGGCCGCUGCCUCGACCACCUCGGCCGCUGGUGCCAUGCAGACCGGCAUCUCGGGUGUCGUUGCCGCCGGUGCCAUCAUGGCCCUCAUCCUCUAA